UUGCAUCAACAGAGCGAGCUGUCAGGUGCAUGGAGCAGAGGCUCGUGCGGUUUGAUACCUAUACUGCCCAUCACCAGUCGCUUCUAUUAUUUCUCAUAAACGGUUGUUUCAUUUAGGAUUUAUCGAAUAUCAUUCCACUCAUGAAUGUUGACUUGAGAAUACUCUGAAGUGGACUAUAUCGGUGUGAAGGCUAACACACUGGGAUUCUGAUGCCUUCCAGACAACAAUCUAUGAUGGGGAAUUGAAGAGGCUCCUAUCAGGAACAUCAUCUGCAGCAGUUCCCAGGCUGUGGACUGAACAGACACCAUGAAGGGUCUAUCAAGCAGCCGCAGUCACCACCAUGUGGUCACCUAUGACCCUGCUUCCUAUGAUGCCCUAGGCCAUGGCCACCACCCUGAUCGCAAUCCCUACCUGAUCAAUCAAAUGGACAUGCCCAUGUCUCACCCCUCUGACCACCCCUACUAUGGCCAGGUCCAGAGCCACAUCCAGCAGAGGAACCACACUGCCUUCCCCUCAGACAGUAGUGUGGUGCCCUAUGGGACCUUCCCCAGACGACACUACAGUAGCUCACACUACGAGUUGAAGGAUCGGAUGGGGAAGGAUGAGUGUCCUGUGGUGCCCUAUGGUGUGGGUGUUGGUGUGGGUAACAUGGUCCCCAACAAGGGCGUCAACGUCCGCCUGCCAGUCAACCUGCUGGACCAGUUUGAGAGGCAGCCGUCGUUCACGCGGGAUGGGUACCACACGCUGCAGUACAAGAGGACGGCUCUGGAGCAACGCAGCGACAGCCCCGGACGCAUCCGCCACCUGGUCCACUCCGUCCAGAAACUCUUCGCCAAGUCCCACUCCCUGGAGGGUCCACAAACUCACUCCAAGCAGGGAAGCAUCAAUGGCAGCAGGAAUAGCCCCGAGAGUGAGACGCCCCCCACGCAGAAGCACCGCAAACGCAGCAAGAGCAGGGAGCGCUGCAAGUCGGCAGAGCCAAAGCAAAGGAGCUCCACCUCGGGCUACUGGAGCUCAGACGACCUCCUGGAUGACCGAGACGUCUGCCACAGCCACAGCCUGUUCCACAGCCCCACCGGAGUCAUGACCAUGGGCCGCCACCCUGACAAGUCCCAGUCACAGUACUUCAUGGAGGCCUACAACACCAUCAGCGAACACGCCAUGAAAACGUCGCGCAGCAAUAACGAUGUAGUAAAACACACCUGUGUCCCCUCCCAUAUCCCCAUAAGCAUGGACGCCCAGCUCAUGAAGAAGAGCUUGUGGUCGUCCAGUCUAACGGUGCCCCAGGAUGAGUGGAGUGGCUUCUCACCUCUGGAGGGGAAGGAGGACGAUAUCCCGUGUCGGCGCAUGCGCAGCGGCAGCUACGUGAAGGCUAUGGCAGAGGAUGAAGACAGCGGAGACUCAGAAGAAAGUCCUAAGCUGUGUCCAAAGAUCCAGGCCCAAGGUCGACGGGCCAGCUAUCUCAAAGCCACCCAGCCAUCACUGACUGAAAUGACCACCUUAAAGAUCUCCAACGAACACUCUCCGAAGCUGCAGAUCAGGAGCCACAGCUACCUGCGGGCGGUGAGUGAAGUUUCCAUCAAUAGGAGCCUGGACACCCUGGACCCCAAAGGGCUCCUGGACCCCAAAGCGCUGCUCUCCUCACCCCAAUACCGCUCGCGAAACGAGAGUUACAUGAGGGCAAUGAGCACCAUCAGCCAGGUGAGUGAGGUGGAGGUGAACGGGCAGAUAGAGCAGGUGUGUGAGCAGAUGUUCAGCGAGAUGGAGUCGCAGGCCAUGGAUGCGUUGGACCUGCCCAUGCCGAGCUGUUUCCGCAUGCGUAGCCACAGCUAUGUGAGGGCCAUGGACCAGGGCUGCUCCGAGGAUGAGGGGAUGUCUCUGCUGCCCGCCUCACCCCCCAGGACCACCACCACCACUGUCAGGACCAUCCAGAGCAGCACAGUGUCAUCAUGCAUCACAACCUAUAAGAAGACCCCUCCCCCGGUGCCGCCCCGCACCUCCAAACCCUUCAUCUCCAUCACAGCCCAGAGCAGCACCGAGUCGGCCCAGGAUGCCUACAUGGAUGGCCAUGGCCAGGGGGGCAGGGAUAGUCACCCGCAGGGAGACAUGACCAUCCAGUCAGGCCUGUCUAACUCCACAGAGAGCAUCGACAGCAUGAAGGCCCUAACGGCAGCCAUUGAGGCGGCCAACGCCCAGGUCCACGGCCCUGCUAGCCAGCAUGUUGCAAACAGCAGCAUCACCAUCACCACCACCACCUCGGCCCUGGCCCAUAUCACUGAGGACAGCAGGAAGGAGCAGGCCAGGCGGGCCAAGUGCCAGCUGUCCAUCGGCAUCCAGGUGGAUGGGCCAGAAGAGGAAGCUCUGGAGAUGGAAGACCAGUCCAAGUACCAAUCAAUUGGGGUCCAGGUGGAGGACGAGAGGGGAUACCGGCAGUUCAUCCGCUCCAACAGUGUAACGGCAGCAGUACAGGCAGACCUGGACAUGCCUGACAUAUUAGACAGCCCCCUGGACUCCCCAGAAACAGACCUGCCCUUCUCAGGCUCUGUGUCCCGCAAGUACUCCCGCGAAGCCACCACCUCGCCAGCCUCUGCCUCCACCGUCAGCAUCCAGGGCUCGGGCAACCACUACCAUGCCUGUACCUCAGACGACUACGAUGACGUGUGCUUCGACCCGUCCAUCCUGCCCCCGCCUGACCCCUGGAUCGACAGUGUGACUGAAGAUCCCCUGGAGGUAGUCCAGAAGUCUGUGUGCCAGAGGGACGGACGCUGGUUCCUCAAGCUGCUGCAGGCCGAGACGGACCGCAUGAAGGGCUGGUGCAGACAGAUGAAGCAGGACGAACAGGAGAACGACCUGCCGGAUGACAUCUUGGGGAAAAUGAGGCUUGCCGUAGGAAGUGCUCAGCUCCUGAUGUCACAGAAGUUCCAGCAGUUCCGGGAGCUUUGUGAGGAGAACCUGAACCCCAACGCCCGCCCGCGGCCCAUCUCUCAGGACCUGGCUGGUUUCUGGGACAUGCUCCAACUGUCCAUCGAGAACAUCAGCCUGAAGUUUGAUGAGCUGCACCAGCUGAGGGCCAACAACUGGAAGCCCCUGGACCCCCCGGAGAGAAAGUGAGCUGGUUUUGAGAAGUCAUUCCAUCUGGCACGCACCACGGGGCCUGACCUCGCUGGGCCACCGUACCUCAUGCAGUCAGUCGCCCCCCCGCUGCUGCGUCGUGUGUGGUUGUCUAUCUGUAGCGCUAGCCGUGUGCUGCUAUAGGUGUACUAAUGCUGUCUACGCUCCUGUCCCCCCUCCCCCCGAGGGCUAACUGACUAUUUGUCAUCCCUGUUCAGGAGAGACGGAUCCCCCCUCCUGUGCCAAAGAAACCCCCAAAAGGUCACCCUCCCCUGGCCCGUGAUAGGUCCCUGGAGAGCUCAGAGAAGCAGCGGCUGGAUGCGCGCAAGCGCUUGAUGGCCGCCAAGCGAGCCGCGUCGGUGCGGCAGAACUCAGCCACCGAGAGUGCAGACAGCAUCGAGAUCUAUAUCCCUGAGGCCCAGACCAGGCUAUGAGCUCCGCGGCAGGCACACCUUCACCACUACCCAUAGAGACAGAUUCACUUACAUCUCACACACCGCUAGAUCUCACACACAGGUAAACGCACACAUAUGCUUUUAACGGUAUGGUUCCUGUGAGCACACAGACCCACACAGAUUUUGUAAUAUAACUACACUAACUCUUUUCUCUGUAGUGGGAAGAGAAAUGCCAACAGUAUAGUUGUUUCUUUUACAUAUUCUUGUCUCUCUCACAAAUUUGAUCCUGGUCUUGUUUCCAUCUAUGUAACAUAGAUCCUCGCUUGAAGAUGACUCCUUCGUGAUCCUUCUUUUAAAAAGUGUAUCACUUUUACCCACACCUGAGUAACAUAAAUCAUGAUCUUGUGAAAUGUAUAGCAUUCUUAAUCAAUGUAGACACCUGUUGAUAUCCUAAAAGAUAGCAAAUAAGUAUGUUUGAGUAUUUGGUUUCUUUAGCUAUUUUUACUUUUACCUAAGCAUGGGCCAAACAGAAUCCCUUGCUUGAUGCCCCAUUCAACCUUCUCAAUAUUUUUGGGGGGAUUGUAACAUAAUUGGCAAACAAACAGGGUAUAUUAUGCUUAAGCAAUAUUCAUUUGAAAUCAGAUCAAGUAAAUGUGUAAAACAACUGAACACUUGUCCCAUCUGUAAAGAUCAGAGAUUUUAGAUAAAGAGGAUGCCUUCCUUUCUGUAGCCAAUUCUGUUGGUUUUGUCUGCUGAUGCUGUCAAUUGUAAAGACAUAGUUGCUUAUUCUAGAGAAUCACUAUCUGUUUAAACAUUUUAAUCAUUAAUGGUACAAGGACAACUAGAGACAAAAAAAAUUGAUACAUGUACUUAACUCACCCUGGUGUUUUCCCUUCUGUAAAUUCAGACAGGUGUCUAAAGUAGAUUUGUAUGACAAGUGAGGAUCUUUGUGGUGAUAAGCAGCCCAAUAUGAAAUACCCUAAACACUUAGAGAGGGACACUAAAAAACAUCUCUGGAAUGCAAGUUGUUUCAUUUCUUAACAAUGUCUUUCCAGUAGCAAGUUCAGUGGCUUAAUUGUAUUAGUAAACUGUUUCUUGGUAUGUUAGUUUAAUCCCAAAUGGACUCCUGGAAUGCCAUGUGACUGUGGUUGAGCAGGCUUAGCUCUGUUAUUUCUCAGGAAGAGAUGGAAAUUCAGUCUGUCAAAUCAGGGUCUCCUAGUGCUGGUCGUGUGUGUGUGUGUGUGUGUGUGUGUGUGUGUGUGUGUGUGUGUGUGUGUGUGUGUGUGUGUGUGUGUGUGUGUGUGUGUGUGUGUGUGUGUGUGUGUGUGUGUGUGUGUGUGUGUGUGUGUGUGUGUGUGUGUGUGUGUGUGUCGGUUUGUGUCCAUCAGUGUUUAGAGGUGUGUGUGUUUGAGUGUGGGUCUCUUAAAGUGCUUCCUGAUUUCCUCGUUUGAUAUGUUGGCCUUUAUUCAAUAUGGUCAAGUAGCCUCAUGAACAUAAUGUACAUAGUCAAAACAACACUUGUACUUGAAAAUAGCCAUGUGUGUGUUUGUACAGAAAUUAUACAUGAGGAUGUUCCUUUAAGCAUGCAGACAAUAUUAGAAAUACAAAAUCUAUACCUAAUUUAUACUUGUAUUCGUUUAUUUAUUUAACUAUUUAUUUAUUGAUGAUUGAGUUUUUUUACUGUUUGGAUUCUGUAUUAGUGGUCUGUUAUGCUACUGUGAUCUUAUGUUGUAUUGUAUAGGGAUUAUAUGUGCAUACAUAUGAACACAGAAUAAAAUAAUUAUGAACUCUG